CACUAUUUUUAGAGGUGUCGACAUAUAAGUAAUGACUGAUAAUCAGCAGCAGGCGCGUGCAGGAGGUGGAGCAGCGCCACAAGGUCGUGGCUUCGGCCGUGGGCGUGAGCGCGGUGGACGUGGGGGUCGGGGUGGUGAUGAUAAAGAGUGGGUGCCCUGCACCAAGCUCGGCCGUCUCGUCAAGGAGCGUAAGAUCACCAGUCUCGAGCAGAUCUUCCUCUUUUCGAUGCCCAUCAAGGAGCACCAGAUCGUUGACAACCUUAUCGCCGAAGGCCAGCUGCGUGACGAGAUGAUGAAGAUUUUCCCAGUGCAGAAGGCCACCUCUGCUGGCCAGCGCACCCGAUUCAAGGCAUUCAAUGUUGUGGGCGACGGAAACGGACACAUCGGGAUCGGUGCCCGUGUGGGCAAGGAAGUCUCCCUCGCCAUUCGCGCCUCGAUGAUUGCAGCCAAGCUCAACAUCGUCCCGGUGCGCCGCGGCUACUGGGGUAACAAAAUCGGCGAACCCCACACCAUCCCAAUGAAGGUUACUGGCAAGUGCGGCUCUGUGGCGGUGCGUCUGGUCCCUGCCCCGCGCGGUACUGGCAUCGUCGCGGCACCUGUUCCUCGCAAGAUCCUUGAGUUUGCCGGUGUAGAGGAUGUGUACACCAGCUCCUGUGGCAAGACGCGUACGCAGGGUAACUUCAUUAUGGCCACCUUCUAUGCUCUGCGUAAGACCUACGGCUUCCUCACUCCGGACCUCUGGGCGGAGACAGAGGCGCAGCGCGACCCCACGGACGAGUACUCUGAGUUCUUGGCGGCCCGCAACGCAAUCACCGUUUGAUGCAGAUACGAUUUUUCCUCUAAAAAUUGUCUGUUUAUAUCUUAUUUUAUUUUUCUAACAACCCAAAUCAUAUUCAUCUAAAAAAAAAAGAAA